AUGCACCCGAUGCCUGCAGGGGCGCCGCUCUACAUCCUGGCAGCGGCCGAUCCGAUGCCGCUCGAUCCCACGCCCAUCCCCCGACCACCCGCGCCAGCCGCAGGCGACGACGCAGAGAUGGAGUAUGCGCACACCGUGCGCUGCCGUGCCGCGGCGCGCGAGGCGGCCCGGAGACGGCUCGCAGCGGCGACCCGCAGCAUGGAGAGCCACGCCGCCGCCUCGCGCCGGGGCGCCGGCCUGCACACGGUCGCGGCGGAGCAGCACCCCGAGGACCACGCCUCGGGCACGAACCUCACGAGGGCCAGCCACGUGAUGUUCGUGCACCCCAUGAGCGCGCCGACGAAAAGGCCAGACGCUGUACCUGCGCCUCCAGGGCGGACUCCGACGAGCUUUCCUGGUAGUCGACCCCAUGGAGGACCUGUGGCAGAUCUGCGGGAGCCCUCGGCCGACCGCCAGGAGCCCAACCGAGAGGCGCUCGGUGCCCUCGGGGCUGAGGCCGAGCGGACCCCGGCCCGAGGGCCCGAGGCCCGCCGAGCCGCCCGCCGGGGAGGCGCACGACGCGAGUAA